AGAGGCCAUUGUAUCACAACUCCAUUUUCUUUCCUGUCUCGGCCUCCUCUCUUCAAAAUGUGAUCCCUUCAACAGGGCCUGCUGGCCAAACUUGAAGAAUACCAGCAGGGAUGAGGGUAAAGGCUUAUGGUCAUCAGUUUGGAAGAAACUGAGCUACAUCGAGAUAGUCCCCAUUUUCUUGUUGGUGGUGGCGGCUGUAUUUCAUAGAAUUUUAGAGUUGGAAGAAACCUCAAGGGCCAUCCAGUCCAACCCUUUGCCAUGCAGACAUUCACAAUCAAAGCACUCCCUGUGACAGAUGCCAUCCAGCCUCUGUUUAAAGACCUCUAAAGAAGGAGAUUUCACCACCCUCUGAGAAAUUGCAGGGAACCCAUAGCAUACCUGGACAAAUAUUAUCCUGCCUCUUCCUGCUCUUUUCCUAAGGAGUGAAGAGUGUGUUUUCCUUGAGGCUUCCACCUCAGUCUCCCAAGGAAAUAGAAGUGUGGGAGAAGGCAUAAAAGUUAAUGUUUUCAUCUACCCGAACAAAGGAGAAUGGGGACCCUACACCCAAAAGAAUGAAGACUCGACAGAAUAAAGACUCUAUGUCAAUGCGGAGCGGUCGGAAGAAGGAGACUCCGGGGCCCCGAGAGGAGCUCAGGACACGGGGUCGAGCUUCUCCAGGUGGUGUCAGUACCUCCAGCAGUGAUGGCAAGGCUGAGAAAUCCCGACAAACUACCAAGAAAGGUCGUGUGGAGGAGUCAAUGGCCCCUAAAGGAAGCAAGCAAAGCCGACCAGAAGAAAUUUCAGAGAGUGAAGGAGAGGACACCAAUGCCCCAAAGAAAACUAAAACAGAGGAGCUGCCGAGACCUCAGUCUCCCUCAGAUGUGGACAGCCUAGACGGUCAUAGCUUCAACGAUGAGACCAGCAGUGACCCCCGUGACAUCGACCAGGACAACAGGAGCACCUCUCCCAGCGUCUACAGUCCUGGGAGUGUGGAGAAUGAUUCUGAUUCUUCCUCUGUGCUUUCCCAAGGGCCGUCCCGCCCUUAUCAUCACCCCCCACUCUUCCCCCAGAGUCCCUCUCCCGCUCCCCUGACUGAGGGCCUUCCUCGCCCACCAGAGCCAGCCUUCAGCUUGGCAGGGGAGGUUCAUCCUCCUGGCCCGACAAGUGGAUUCCCGUCUCAACUUGAAGCCCAGCCCUCAAGGAUUUUCCAGGCCCAGGCCCCCCCGCCAGCACCACCUCCCUCCACCAACUCUUCUUCCUCCCCUUCCUCUUCCUCCUCCUCCUCCUCUUCUUCUUCCUCCUGCAGUACCCAUGUCUCCCUCUACCCAAAUACCAAUGUGGUCCAGAUGGGGCCCAAGGCUGUGAGUGUGGGAGCAGGGAUCCCUGCACCAAGCGGGCGUGAGCAGCCACUGAGCACCAAGCACAACCCUCCCCCUACAACCCCCAUAUCCCUGCCUCCAAUGGCAGGUGGCUUGCCCCCUCAGAAGACACCCCCAAACAACUCCCCUUCAGUGAUACCCCCUUCGGCCGCCCCCUUCCCGCAUGUGUUGGCCAACCUGCCGCCUCCACCUGCCCUGCGCCCUCUUAAUAACAUGACUGCCAGCUCCAGCUCGCCCGGCAUAGUGGGGCCAGCGAUGGGCGGACACCUCCCGUCCCCCCAUGGAAUGGGGCCAGACAAGUCCCCCGUCCCAUCCCGCUACCCCUAUGCACCCCCUCCGCCCCCUCCCAGCUCCUCUGGCCAGUACGGCCUCCCUCCCCCAUCCCAGGCACUGCCAAGCUACAGUGCUUCCUCCUACGGACACUCAUUCCCACCGCCCAGCAGCCUCUCUGUCUCCAGCCAGCCCCCCAAGUACACCCAGCCCUCUAUGCCCUCCCAGCCCGUGUGGAGCCAGGGACCCCCACCCUAUAGCCGUCCCCCAGGGAACCCUGGCUCCCAUCCCCCUCCAGCCUCCUUCCCCGGCCAAGCUGUCCAUCACCAGCAACAGCAGCAGCAGCAACACCAUAACCACAACCACAAUCACAGCACUGGCAACACUGGGCUUCCCCCAGCGGCAGCGGCUGCCACAACCCAGACCUCGGGAGGGUAUUCCCAUCCUCUGGAGCCAGGCCCACAUCAUCCUUCCCACGCUGCCUAUGGGUUGCGCCUCUACCCACCCCAUGGCCAUUCCACAUAUAGUCAGGCUCCCUCUGCUGCUUCUGCUGCUUCUGGUUCUUCUUCCUCCUCCUCCUCUUCCUCCUCCUCCUCUUCUUCCUCCUCCUCCUCCCAGGGGCCAUAUCCUGGGGUCUGUAGCCAUCCCCAAGGGCAGAACAAUGCCACCUAUGCUUUUCCCCCUCCACCUCCCCCUUCACCUGCACAUGGGGCCGGACCCCCAGUCACUUCUGCCUCAGUGACACUCUCCACGGUCAUAACCACCAUGGCUGCUUCCUCCUCUUCCUCCUCCACUGCCACCCCCUACAAGACCGUGUCACCUCCAGUGGGCCCCCCCGUUGUGGCCUCAUAUGGAAAGCGGACAGCUUCCCCAUCACCCCCCUUUCAGCCCCCUGCCCCCUACAAGCCCAACUCCCCACCCUCUUCCUCCUCAGCAUCCUCCUUCCGAGCAGCCACGCCACCAGGCUAUAGGCUGACCUCUUCCCCCGUGGCUGGAGGCUACAAGGCCCCCUCGCCAGCCCCCAUUGCCCCACAGGCCUCUGGGAGCAUGGCUGCCCCUCCUCCACCUUUGCCUCCACUGCCCCUCAGUGCUGCACAGAUCAAGCAAGAGCCUUCCGAGGACUACGAGCCUCCUGAAAGCCCAAUGCCCCCUGUCCGGAGCCCCUCACCAGCCCCCAAAGUGGUGGAUGUACCAAGUCAUGCCAGCCAGUCAGCCAGGUUCAACAAACAUCUGGAUCGUGGCUUCAACUCUUGCUCACGGACUGAUCUGUACUUUGUGCCCCUGGAUGGCUCCAAACUGGCCAAGAAACGGGCAGAUCUGGUAGAGAAGGUACGCAGGGAGGCAGAACAGAAGGCCCGGGAAGAGAAAGAACGCGAAAGAGAGAGAGAACGGGAGAAGGAACGGGAGAGAGAGAAAGAAAGGGAACUGGAAAGAAGUGUGAAGGUGGCACAAGAAGGCCGAGCAGUGGAGUGUCCAUCUCUUGGUCCUGUCGCUCACCGCCCAUCCUUUGAACAGGGCAGUGCUGUGGCAACUGUCCCACCAUACCUGGGCCCUGACACACCAGCUCUUCGUACCCUCAGCGAGUAUGCCCGGCCCCAUGUGAUGUCUCCAAGUAACCGCAACCAUCCCUUCUACGUCCCGCUGGGUGCUGUUGACCCAGCACUGCUGGGUUACAAUGUGCCAGCCAUCUACAGCAGUGACCCGGCCACUCGGGAGAGAGAGCUGAGAGAGCGAGAAGCCCGUGAGCGAGAUCUUAGAGACCGUGACCUGCGUGAGCGCCUUAAGCCUGGCUUUGAGGUGAAGCCAGCUGAGUUGGAGCAGCUCCACACUGUUCCUGGUGCUGCCAUGGAUCCUUUUCCACGUCACGGGGGGUUGGCUUUGCAGGCGGGCCCUGGCUUGCACCCUGCUUUCCCCUUCCAUCCGGGGCUGGGCCACCUGGAAAGAGAGCGGCUAGCGUUGGCGGCAGGCCCUGCCUUGCGUCCUGACAUGUCCUAUGCCGAGCGCUUAGCAGCUGAGCGACAGCACGCGGAGAGAGUGGCUGCUCUGAGCAACGAUCCCUUGGCUCGGCUGCAGAUGCUCAACGUGACUCCUCACCAUCAUCAGCACUCCCACAUCCACUCUCAUCUUCACCUCCACCAGCAGGAUGCCAUUCACGCAGCUUCUGCCUCUGUUCACCCUCUUAUUGACCCACUGGCUUCUGGGUCGCAUCUCACCCGGAUACCCUACCCAGCUGGUGCCAUCCCUAACCCACUUCUGCCACAUCCACUCCAUGAAAAUGAGGUGCUGCGCCACCAGCUUUUUGCUGCCCCAUACAGAGACCUGCCUGGCUCACUGUCUACCCCAAUGUCUGCAGCACAUCAGCUCCAAGCCAUGCAUGCACAGUCUGCAGAGCUGCAGCGCCUGGCCCUGGAACAGCAGCAAUGGCUGCAUGCCCACCACCCUCUGCAUGGCGUACCACUCCCAACCCAGGAGGAUUACUACAGCCACCUGAAAAAAGAAAGUGAUAAGCCCCUUUAGAUGGAUUCCAUUCCCCAUGAUGACUUCAUCACCCCUUUGCUGCUGCUUCUUCUUUGAGAGGAAAACCAACCAACCAAAUCCUGGGGCCAGAAGGAAGCUGCACAAUGACACAACUCCCAGUCUCUAUCAACAAGAGUGACGGAACUAGAACAACUGCUGUGUGGAGGGAGGACGGGUGGAAAAAAGGAAGGACAAAGAGGGUGUGAAACACCAAUUAGGACGUUUGGCAAAUGGCUCACCUUUCCCUUGUAUCCAGUAAGUGAUGGUAUUAUCCCCCAUGUGCCUCUUCUGUGCCCUUACCCCACCCCAAAUCCUUGGGCACAUCUGGCUAAUCAGCAGGAACUCAAAGCAUGAUGGACUAAAUACACCUCCUUCCACACCUUGAUCAACAAAAUCCAGAGGAACAGUGCAUCGUGGAACUUUGCUUGAAGGCAUUGUUGUGUUCUUCCUCAACCCUUGAGAGACUGAGCUAAGUCAAUAGGUGCGUAGCACCGUGUGAGUAUCUUCGGGGGCUGCUGUCUUUUUAUCCAUGCCUUGGUGAUAGAGGAGAAUGUUACAGGACUCUUGUAAGAAUGGCAACUCUCCUUUCCCCUUUUGUCCCCUGGGCAAGAAGAGAUCAGCGUGGCCAAGUGAUGCAAGGCAUGGUGGGACUUUCCACAGUUGCGGCCGCCCCUUUCCUCUUCACCCAUUCCAGUUGAUGUAUCCAUGCACAUCCCGUUAGACGUGGCAGUUUUGCGUAGCAAUUUGUGAUUCCUUGACUUCCCCGUGUGUGUGUCUAAUCUCACGGUUGUAUAUCUUGAUCUGUCCUAUAUAUUUACAUAAGAACAUUAAAAGAUACCCAACUAUGGGAGAAAAAUCUCCCUACACACCCA